AUGACUGAUGAAAUUAAGCUUCGUGUUGACAUUAUUUCCGGGAAGGAUCUAGCCCCCAAAGAUAGGAAUGGUUUCUCUGACCCUGUAAGUAUGAACAAUGUCCAUCAAACCCAAGUUGUUCCAAAGUCUUUGAAUCCACAAUGGGAUGAUUGGUUUGAAUAUAACAUUGCGCUUGACAACGUACCAACGGCAAUCCACUUUACUUGCUGGGACAAAGAUAUGUUUGGCAAGGAUUACAUGGGUGAAGCUCAUAUUGCACUGAAUGAUAAUUGGGAAGCCGGCCAUAUCGGAUAUAACGAUCCACAGAAUAAGCCGAUCCAUCUUCCCCUUCAAAAUUUGUCAAAGCAAAAUGAAGUAGUAACAGGCUACUUGGUAGUCAAGGUCGGUCUCAUUGACCUAGAAAACCAGUUUCUAGAAGCCAAGGAAUGGCGAGACAUUUGGAAACGAAUUCAUCGACUGAAAAUUUCAGGGUCUCCAACUGCUUCUCCCAGUGAUUACGACCAGUCUGUCCAGGGUAGUCGAACUGAUGGGACUUUUAAAAGCUCGGUUGAUUUGCUUGGAUUAACCUUCUUGGAAAUUGUUAGUGCGCAAGAUCUUCCACCAGAGAAGAAUGCCUCUCGCACUGGUAUUGAUAUGGAUCCCUUUGUAGUGGUGUCUUUUUCCAAGCAAACCUUCCGAACUCGUGUAAUUCCAAAUUCACUCAAUCCCCUAUGGAAAGAACGAUUAUAUUUUGCUGUUAAGAAUGUGGAAUCUAACUAUUCCGUAAAGUUUACGGUCUACGACUGGGACAAGAUUACCAAUAACGAUCUGAUAGCCACGGUUUCAGUGCCAAUUCAAAAUUUAAUUCAAAUGGCUUCAUCUUCAACUCUUAGACCAAAGGAUGCGGAGGAUGAUAUGACCCCAAUAACGCUCGACCUCGAACUGAAAACUUCACAAAAGUAUGAUGUUAAACCCAAGCUAUUUAUAAAAACACGUUUUGUGCCGUACAAUCUACUCAGAAUUCAGUUUUGGCAUGCAUUAUCCAAAGUGUAUGAUUCAGACGAGAACGGCGUUCUUAAUUACGUCGAGCUUACAACCAUGUUAAGCAGUAUUGGCUCAUCGUUAAGUCAAUCGUCAAUUGAAAAGUUUUUCACCAGUCGUGGGAAGAAUCCCAGAACCGACGAACUGACAUUCGACGAACUUGCUGCAGGUUUAGAAGCGCACCUCAGGGAAAGCGAGAAGAGCACGAACAGACCUGCUGAUAAUAAUGGAGAAGAACUAGACAACGAACAUAUAAUUUUCAUUAAAGAUUGCCCGAUCUGCAAGAGGCCGGAACUAGGAAAAUUGCCGGAAACCGAAAUCAUCACUCACAUUGCUAUAUGUGCUAGCACGGAUUGGGCAAGUGUAGAUAAAUUCUUGGUCGGAGACUUUGUAACAGAAUCUCAGGCUCAGCGGAAGUGGUUAGCAAGAAUCAUAACGAAAGUCGGAUAUGGUGGAUACAAAAUUGGUGCCAACAAUGCCAACAUCAUAGUGCAAGAUCGUACGACGGGCGAGCUUGUAGAAGAAAAGAUGCCCACAUAUAUUAAACUCGGCAUUCGCCUCCUAUAUAGAGGCGUCAAACCAUCGGGUAUCGAAGGAAAUAGCACACGUCGUUUGCUUGAGAGUCUUUCCUACAAACAAGGCAAAAAGUUCGAUGACCCGACAUCUGUCCGUGACAUCAAGCCAUUCAUUGAUUUCCACAAACUCAAUGUUGACGAGAUUCUCGAUCCAUUGAACUCGUUCAAGAACUUUAACGAGUUUUUCUAUCGCAAGUUGAAACCGGGCGCGCGCAAAUUGGACUCGCCUAAUAACCCGCGGGUAUUGGUCAGUCCGGCAGAUUGCAGGAUGAUGGCAUUUCCAACGAUUGAUGAAGCAACCAAUAUUUGGAUCAAAGGUCAAAAUUUUUCAAUCGAGACAUUGUUAGGAGAUGCUGUUGCUGCACAAACAUUCACGGGCGGGAGUUUGGGCAUAUUCAGAUUAGCUCCUCAGGAUUAUCAUAGGUUCCAUAUUCCAGUCAAUGGGAUUUUGAGUGAGCCCAAGCCUAUUGCCGGAGCUUACUAUACUGUAAACCCUAUGGCUAUUAGAUCAGAGCUUGAUGUUUACGGUGAGAAUAAACGGACAAUCUCAUACAUCAACUCUCAGCAGUUUGGCAAUGUAGCAUUUGUAGCUAUAGGUGCAAUGAUGGUCGGCUCUAUCAUUCUUACGAGUAAACCACGUUCCGAAGUAAAGAGAUUCGAUGAGCAUGGGUACUUUGCUUUUGGCGGUAGUACUGUAAUACUUCUCUUCCAAAAAGGCAAAAUGAAGUGGGACGUUGAUAUUUUAGCAAAUUCUGAACAAGCUUUGGAGACUCUGGUGCGAGUAGGAAUGGGUGUUGGCUUGGCUGCUAGCUAA